AUGAGUGAAGCGCCCAGACUUAUCGUGCUUUACGGCAGCCAAACGUACACGGCUCAAGAAGUAGCAGAAAGAAUAUGGCGGAAAACGAAAGUUUUAGGAUUUCGAGGGCCGGUUCAGGCAAUGGACGAGUACCCAAUAACUAGCCUUAUUAAAGAGGAAUUUGCUAUAUUCGUGUGUGCAACAACGGGACAGGGUGAUGAGCCAGAUAAUAUGAAGAAGUUCUGGAAGUUUCUGUUGCGAAAAAAUCUACCUGCUACCUCUUUAUUGAAGUUAAAAUAUGGAGUGCUUGGUCUCGGUGACUCGUCGUAUUUGAAGUUCAAUUUCGCUGGCAAGAAGCUACAUAGGCGGUUGUUACAGUUAGGAGCAACACCAUUAUUAGAUAUAGGACUAUGUGACUACCAGCAUGACUUGGGCCAUGAUGCAGUUUUGGCACCCUGGCUAAAGGAAUAUUUAUCUAUAUUAAAGACAUAUUAUCCAAAAAUAGAGCCAGACAACAUAAAAACCACUUUCAUACCUCGAUGGAAGGUAUCUUUAGAAAAAUGUGAUGAUAAAACCACAAAUAAAAAAGAUGGUUUGACGGAAGACAUAUAUUUUGCUAAAGGCAUAAGGGAUAGCUUUGUUGAUGCCACGCAUUUCCAAGUUGUCAAAAAUUAUAGAACUACACAUAUUACACAUUUUCAAGAUGUUCGAAUGAUUACACUCAAAACUACAGGUAAUACCGUAGUUAAAUACCAACCUGGAGAUGUAUUCAAUAUACGCCCUAGGAAUAGUAAGGAGGAUGUAGAAGAUUUAUUUAAUAUUUUCAAAGAGCACAACAUUGAUAUACUACCUCAUUACAAUUUAGUAGUUGAAGAAUGUCAUGAUGACAUGCCCGUCCCUCCGUUCCUAAAACAACCCCACACUUUAUAUGAAAUAGCCGAACAAUACUGGGACCUGCGCAGUUACCCGACACAAUAUGUCUUCUCUCUUCUCGCACAAGUGUCCGAGGAUAAGUUAGAAAGAGAGAAGUGUAUAGAGCUCAGCUCCCCUGAGGGACAGGAGGACUGGCUUAAUUAUUGUAGAAGGCCCAAGAGGACUGUAUUGGAGGUCCUACACGACUUCCACAAGUCCGCAUCGAAGUUGACAUUAGAAGUUGUUUUUGAGUUAUUUUCCACCAUCAAACCGCGGUCGUUCUCCAUCGCAAGCAGUUGCUUACCAUCAGGGGGUAGAGACAUAGACCUAUUAGUAGCUGUUGUUAAUUAUAAAACGAAGUUAUUGAAGCCACGACUCGGUCUAGCCUCAAACUGGCUAAAAGAUUUGAAGAUCAGUGAUAAAGUGUUUGGAUGGAUCAAACCUGGAACCCUUGUGUUUCCUAAAGAUUCUUCGACACCCCACAUCAUGAUAGGCCCCGGUACAGGUCUAGCCCCCUUCCGAAGUCUCCUACAAGAGAGAGAGAAGCUACAAACUGCAAAAAAGGAUGCUCUACACUUAAUAUUCGGAUGUCGGUACAAAGAGAAAGACUUCCACUGCAGAGAGGAUCUGGAGAGAAUGGUGAAACAGGACAAGUUAACUCUGUAUUGUGCUUUCUCUAGAGACCAGGAGGAGAAAGUAUACGUCCAACACAAAAUAUCAGAAAACAAAGAUCUGUUGUGGCAGUUAAUAUCCAAUAAAGCUUACAUCUACAUAUCUGGUAACGCCAAGAAUAUGCCUGACAAUGUCAGAGAGGCCUUUAUAGAAGAUGUUUUGAGCAAGACCGGAGGACAAACUAUUGAAGAAGCCAAGACUAUGCUGAAAGAGUUGGAGAAUAGUGGACGGUUUCAAGUUGAGGCCUGGUGA